UAUGUUAUAUAUCUAACCCGGUUAAGAUAUCAAGGCAAUCGAUGCAACAUUCUUGAGGGAGAUAAAGACAGAAACAGAUUUGCAGGAAACAACGAUUCAGACAACUGACAUUAGAGUUCACAACUUCACAUACAGUGGAUUUUCCGGUUCAAAAACAUGGACCAUGAACCUGUUUCCACCAUCAAACAAGCAAACAAAGACCUUGUGUCAUCAAUUAAAGAGAAGCUCGAAGCCGUUUCAUCUUUGAAAUCAAUCUUCAGAGUCCCAGAGAAACUUGUAGAAGCAAACGACAAGAUGUACAUCCCUGGCACGGUUUCAAUUGGUCCUCUCCAUCACGGCAAGGAUGCUCUAAAACACAUGGAAGAUCGUAAGUGGCAUUACGUGUUCACACUGUUGAGCCGACAACCGAACCAGCUCGAGUCAAACCUGCACGAGUGUGUGAACGCGCUAAGCGAUUUGGAGAAGCCAGCACGAAGUUUCUACGCAGAAGAACUCAGCCUCAAAAGCAACCAGUUCAUAGAGAUGAUGCUAGUUGAUGGGUGUUUCAUCAUUGAGCUUUUCUUGAAGUAUGCUCAAAAGGGUAUCAGACGCCGAGGGGACCCCGUGUUCACCACGCCAGGGUUACUCAACAGGGUAAGGUGUGACCUCAUCUUGUUGGAAAACCAAAUACCGCUCCUCGUUCUUCAAAAGCUAUUCAAAAUUGUACAACAUGACAUGACCCUGAUGACCCUCUACGAGCUUGCCAUUCGUUUCUUCAGAAAUAUGUUACCAGGGGAUAAGGAAAUUGUGAAUGAGAACUUUAGCCAAGAGGGUUAUCAUUUGCUUGACUUAAUUCGCCAGUGUUAUCUACCAACCUAUGCAAGAGUAGGGUCCAAAAAACGUGUAUCAAUAGGUGAUCUUGAAUGUGCAACACAGCUCAAGAAUGAUGGGAUUAAGUCCAAGAGUUUCUCAACCAAAAGCUUACUAAACAUGAAUUUUUCUAAUGGGGUCAUUGAAGUUCCUCCCCUUCGAAUCCAUCGAAUCACAGAAAUGAUAUUUUCCAAUCUGAUAGCGUUGGAGCAGCAUCAAAAUGAUACUCAACCGUUCACAUCUUAUGCCUUCUUAAUGAAAGCCUUGGUCUGCAACGAAAACGAUGUGAAGCUGUUCCGCCACCUGGGGAUUCUGAUCAUCGAUAAUAAUUAUACGGAGAAAGAAGUUUGUGAUAUGUUCAAGAGGUUGUGCGGAAAAGUGGAAUGUAUGGAUGAUAAAUUCUAUUUUGCGGGGCUUAUUGAACAAAUAUUUGAGUAUAGAACUCAGAGUUCAUGGAGGAAGAUAUUGAAAUGCAGUUGGCUUAAGACUCGUACUUGAACGUGAUGUCAGUUUGGAAAAUGUUGUUUACUUGUAUCAAUAUGCUAUAGCAAAGUUAGAGCUUCAGCAUGCUGUAUUUACAGUGCCUAGUGCUGAUAAUAUCUAUAGUAUUUUAAAGAGAUAGGUUAAAUUAAAUAAAAAUUUAUUCUCUUCAA